GAUCAGGCAGCGCAGCGGUCCGGUUCUGUGAGGGUUCUGAGCGGGUUUUUAACGGAACCGAGCCAUGUCCAAACCUAGGAACAAACAGAAAACCCUGAUCAUCACUGACGAGGAGGAGGAGGAAGUUCUGAAGGAAGAAGAGCAGAACCCUUUUUCUUUCAAACAAUUCCUUCGAUCCAAAAACCAGAACCAGGACCAAGAUCAGGACUCUGAGGACCCAAGUCAGGAGGAGGAGGAGGAGGGGGCGUGGGGCUGUGUCUGGCCGUCAGGAGGCAGGAUCAGGUCGGGGUCAGAGGAGGAGGAGGUCACCAGGUUCGACUCAUUCCCUGGUGGUGAUGGUGAUGGUGAUGGUGAUGGUGAUGAUGGUGAAGACUCAAGGCAGAGUUACGAAGGCGACGAUGAGACAUCCAUUUUAGACCCAAAGUCCAGGACCAGACCUAGGACCAGAACCGGUCUACAGCAGGUCAAACACGAAAAUGAACAACUGAAGAAAACCAUCAGAGACCUGAGAGAGCAGUCACUGAGGGACCAGACCAGGGCGGAGGAGCUGAGGGCGGAGCUGCUGCAGUGGAGGAUGCGUGACCAGCAGGAGGCACAGGACCUGGAAACUAUGGUCCAGUCUGUGGAGCACAACCUGAGGGUCAUGACAAAACGAGCUCUGAAGGCCGAGUCAUCCGUCUCCAAACUCAAAAGUGAAAUGAAGCAGCUCCAGACCCAGUUGGAGGAGGUGCAGGCUGAGAACUCGGUCCUCAGAGCCUCAGAGUCGGAGCUGGUUUUGACGAUGAGACACAACGCUGCAACGGCCUCAGAGCGACUGCAGGAGACCGCUGCCCACGCCCAGAGCUCUGUGAGGCGUCUUCUGUCGGAGGCGGAGUCUCUGAUGUUUGUGUCAGAGCUGUUGCAGUCCAUCGACCGGAUGUCGUCUGUCUGAGACCGAAGACCGGG